AUGGCCUUCAAGUUCAAUAAGCCCAAGGAGAAGUUGACCUGGUUCAUCACGGGAUGCUCUUCCGGAUUUGGUCUCUCUCUUACGCGUAUAGUCCUAGAUAAAGGUCACACCGUCAUUGCCACUUCACGAAACCCUUCACGCACACCCGAGCUCGUGGCCGAGGUUGAGAGCAAAGGGGGUAGAUGGCUAAAGUUGGACGUAAACGACCACAACAGCCCGGAAGUCAUCGAGGAGCUUGAGAAGUCGGGAGUAGAGAUCGAUGUUCUGGUGAACAAUGCUGGUUAUUCGAUACUAACGCCCGUCGAGCUCGCGACCGAAGAUGAGAUCCGUGGCCAGAUGGAGUCCAUGUACUUCGGUCCCUUACGCCUAAUCCGAGCCGUCGUUCCCCAUCUGCGCAAGAGGCGGUAUGGUGUUAUUGUGAACAUUAGCAGCGGAGCCUCGCUUGAAGGUAGAGAUACAAUGGGCCCCUAUGCUGGAGCUAAAGCUGGUCUUGAUGGCGUAACUAGAGUCCUUGCACAAGAGGUUGCACCGUACAACAUUCGAACUCUGACAGUCGUCCCGGGCGCGUUCAACACUAACAUAGCCAACGUCACUACCCCUGGCAAGAACCCGUUUCCGGACGAUUAUAGGGGCUCUGUUUCCGACUUCAUGUUGCAAAUUCUCUCGGGUGCGGAUCUGCCUGGCAUACAAUUUUCCUUGGGCGACAAAGACAAAGGAAUGAAGGCUGUUUACGAGGUAGUAGUUGGAGAGGGCAUUGGUGUUGGACGCGAAUCUGAGCCGUUGCUCCUUCUAGGCUCUGAUAUGACGGCUCGAGCAAAGGCUGUGCAGCAGUACUUGGGACACGCUUUGGAGACGUUCAAAGACGUAACUAACUACGUCGAUGUUGUCUGA